AUGCCCAGGGGGUGCCUCCAAGUGAAAAGAGAGGCUGGAAGAGAGCUAAGACCACCAGAGCCAAGGUCUGGAGCAAGUCUGAAGGACAAGUACCAUCCUGAGGCUGAGGUGACUAGUGCAGGACCAGGACAAGGGAUAGGAGACCCAGGAUGGGUCUGUGAGGGGCAGGAGGGGCUGAGGGGAGCCAGGACCAGUCCAAGACCUAGUAACAGGUCUAGACAAGUCUGGGUGAGGUGGCCAACCAAGACCAAGGCCAGAACAGCCAGCAACAAAAGGCUGGACAGGCUGGUAACAGACAGUCCAGGGACUGGAAAGGGGGUCCAGGGCUCCAAGGCUGGUGUAGCAAAGGCUGAGGGUGCAGACUGGACCAAAAAACCACUGAAGCUGAGUGCCAAUGGAGAACAGGGAAGAGGUCUGAAGACUGAUAUCAGGGAGUCAGGAGGACAAGACAGAGGUGACCAGCCAGGGGUCAGAGGUGGCUUGAGGGAGCCAACAGAAGUGAGUCUGGUUGUUGAGGCUGGCUCAGGGUCAAGUCCAGAGGGUAAUUCCGACUUGGAAGUGGGCUCAGGCAUGAACUGGGUGUCAGGGGUAAUGCAACCUGGGGGUGUGCAGAGUGCUGAGGGUCACCAGUUACCUCUCUGCUUCAGCAGAGACCUCUGGGUUGAGCUCUGGAGUAAGAUGAGAGGUAGCCCAAUGGGUGCCAAUGGGCAAGGUCAUGGGUAG